AUGCCGGAGCGGGACUGGAUCCCUUUGGGGGGGGGAUCUGGACCCCCCAGGACCACCGGGACCCCCCGGGAGAUCCCCGGGAUCCCCCCCGAGACAACCUGGACCCACCGGGACCUCCCCGGGACCCCCCCCACGCCCCCCGGGAGACCCCCAGGGACCCAAAUCGGGACCGGGACAGUCAGGAAGGGUCGGGACACCCCCGGCCACCCGUUCAUCAUGACCGUUGGCUGCGUGGCCGGGGACGAGGAGUCCUACGAGGUCUUCAAGGAGCUCUUCGACCCCGUGAUCCAGGACCGGCACGGCGGCUACAAGCCCACGGACAAGCACCGCACCGACCUCAACCACGAGAACCUCAAGGGCGGUGAGGACCUGGACCCCAAGUACGUGCUGAGCAGUGGCGGCGAGGACCUGGACCCCAAGUUCGUGCUGAGCAGUGCGGGGGUCUCAGAGGAGAGAAUAUUUUGGGUCUAUUUGGGGGUGUCCCCCCGGGGUGUCCCCAGGCACAACGACAACAAAACGUUCCUGGUGUGGGUGAACGAGGAGGAUCACCUGCGCGUCAUCUCCAUGGAGAAGGGCGGCAACAUGAAGGAGGUGUUCCGGCGCUUCUGCGUCGGCCUCAAGAAGAUCGAGGAGAUCUUCAAGCAGGCCGGGCACCCGUUCAUGUGGACGGAGCACCUGGGCUACAUCCUGACGUGCCCGUAG